AUGUCACGGCUCUAUGAGAAUGGUGCUACAAGCAUUGAUUGGUCCCUCUACCUCUUCACAGACCCGGACAUCAUUCCUGAGGGCUCAGACAUCUGCGCCCAUGUCCAGGAAGCAAUCAAAGGUGGCUGUACUGUCGUCCAACUCCGCAAGAAAACGAACGACACCGGACUCUUCAUCGAGAAAGCUAAGAAACUCCCUGAAAUCACACGGGUGUACAAUGUCCUAUUACUGAUAAUGACCCCAUUUGAUGUUGCCCUUGCCCCCGGUGCAGAUGGAAUUCAUGUUGGGCAAGAUGACAUGGAUCUCAAAGACGUAAGAAAAUUACUUGGGCCUGAUGCAAUUAUUGAAACAAAGGUGGGUAUUGCAGGUCAUGCAGAUUACUUCGGCCUCAGCCCAAUCUGGAAUACAAACACCAAGAAACUCACAAAACCUCUCAUUGGAACCAUGGGCACCCGCACAAUCCUUUCCUACGUCAAAGAAAAUGCCGGGUAUGAGAUUCUGUGUGUCGCAAUUGGCGGGUUCAAAGACUACAAUAUUCAAUGCCUGAUAUUUCAGGGUCGGACAGGGGCAAAGUCAGUUUCAGGUAUUGCAAUUGUGUCAGCAAUCAUGGCGUCCACAACCCCUUAUGACGCCGCCAAAUCUCUCCUCACGUCCAUCAAAAUCCCUGCCCCAUUCAUCCCCCCUCCUCCCUCCCCCUCCCUCCUCCGCCCCGGUGAGGCCCUCUUCACCAAAAUCAUGACAAAGAUCGGUAAAAAUGCAAAUGUCUCGCUUGCCGUUGGUGCAUCCCCAAUCAUGUCCGAAAACGCCCUCGAAGUUGCCGACCUCAUGAGAAUCAACGGCGCACUCCUCCUCAACAUUGGUACCGCACACCCAGAAUCCCCCACUGCCAUGCUCAAGGCUCUCCGGAUUGCAAACACCGCUGGUACCCUAGUCCUCCUCAACCCUGUUGGCGUGGAAGCAACACAAUUCAGAAAAGAUACUGCAGCGGGGUUUUUAGCAAGUGGAUAUUGUGAUAUCAACAGCCAAGCCGAAAUCCGGGCCCUCCUCAACCUCCGUGCACAAGCCUGCGGCGUCGACAGCUUACACUCCUCCUCCUCUUCCUCCCGUGCAGAACUAGCUUCCACCUUCGCCCGUCGGGAACAGAACACGGUUGUCGUGAGUGGAGCUGUGGAUGUUGUGUCGGAUGGUGAACGAACGUUUUGUGUGAGUAAUGGGGAUGCCAUGUUUGGUUUUGUCAUUUGUUCGGGGUGUACGCUAAGAACGGUUAUUGCUGCGUGUGCUGCUGUUGAGGAAGAUAAAUGUGUUGCAGCGGUGUCAGGGUGUGUUGUUUACGGCGUUGCUGCGGGACAUGCGGUGAGGCGGGAAGAGGUGAGGGGACCGGGAAUGGUCCAGGCGGCGCUUGUGGAUGAGAUUUGGAGGAUCAGGGGGGAGUGUGGGGAGGGCAACCUCGAUUGGAUGCGGAGUUGA